AUGGAUUACCUUACCAGCCUUGUUCCUUUUCAAAUUAGGCAAUGGAUAUCAUCAAUUUCAGGCAGCAUCCAAAAGCAGGAGGUGAGCAACGUGUUUGCUGCAUGUUUUGUAUGCUGUACUAAAUCUAGCCAGUUCAUAAUAUUCGCGGACGCGGAAAGGGGUGUUGAUGACCUGGUAGUCACAUUCUGCCGCAACCGAUUCUACGACCAAGCGACGGCUACAGUUGUCAAGGCUGGAUGGAGCUGCAGAGAAUUAGAUCGAAUAAAGUUAGAUCGACUUCGACAGGAGGCAAGAAACAACCAGCGCUACAUAACCUACCAUAAUCUCUCUGAUCCCCGGAGUGUAUUUGAAUGA